CCUCCUCCUCCUUCUCCUCCUCCUCCUCCUGCGAGUGACCAGUCUUCUCAGGAUCCCGUGCGUGGUUCCCCUGGCAGUGUGGGGCUCGCAGGGGGGGAGGAGGAGGAGGAGGAGGGGCGUCCUGCGGCAGGUGUACAGGUGUUCAGGAAAGUGGCCGAGUUUCCCCUUUUUGUGAGGGAGAUAAGGGUGGUCCUCCCCUUUCCCCCUCCUUCCCCCCUCCCCCGUGAUGGUGCACAUAGGAAAACAGAUGAUGUGGGUGAAGUAGGGGCAGCUGACCCGAAGGAGAGCAUGGCAACAGCUGGGGCGGAAGAGGCUGUGAGCCAAGACCUGGCUGAAGUGCAGCAGGAGGAGCUGCCCACCACAGAGUGUGCAGUACUUGGUGGUUCUCAGGACCUGAAGAAGGAGCCUCCCAUAGUGCCUUCUGUACCUCCUGUCUCCUCACCUCAGUCACAGACACAAAUGGAGAAUAGAAACUUAGUUAAUUCAACCAUAGUGCCAACUUUAGAUGACAGUGCAGGGGAACCUAUUGUUGUGGGAUUGCCUGAUCUCCUUCCUGUCUCCCAGGGGAGUGAACAGAGAAGUAGCACAGUGGGUAGCACGUGUGAGGUUGUUGAACCUAAAAGUCCAGAGUUGUUAGGAACUGAAAAUGAAGACCUAAACAAAGAUGGCAAAAGUCAAAUGGACACUAGUGGUGCUAAUGGAGAAUCAGGCAAGGAGGAGUCAGUGCUGCCGUCGAUGGGCAUUCUUCCGGAUGUAGAAGAAAUGCCUCCAAAGCCUCCGCAGGCCACCUCUUCUCAACAGCAAGAAGCCUCCCCGCCUUCCGGUACUCAGAGCUCAGAAAAUCGCAGCCCUGAGCCGCACCCUCUCGAUCCGUCUGAAGUGGUGCACAAAAUCAAGAAAAUCAAGUGGCAGGAUAUUGAGGUGCCGAUCAUCACGCAGAACAAUAAUGGUCCUUGUCCUCUGCUUGCUAUAGUAAAUGUUAUGUUGUUAAAGGGCCAGAUUACACUUCCAACUGACCGCACGGAGAUAACUGGUGGAGAGCUGGUGCUGAUGGUUGGCAACGCCUUGUUCGACCUGCCUCGCAACUCUCUGCCUUUGGAGAUGAGGAGACACCUGGAACAGAAUACAGAAGAUGCAAUCAGUAUAUUGCACAAGCUGUUAACAGGCCUUGAUGUGAAUAUUAAGUUUUCAGGAGUACGAGAUUUUGAAUUUACGGGUGAGCUGUGUGUGUUUGACCUGUUGGGCAUCAUGCUGUACCACGGUUGGGUUGUGGAUCCCUCCAGUGAAGUGUCCCCUGUCAUCAGUGACCUCUCCUAUAAUCAGCUAACUAACAAUAUCUUUGCAUGGAGGGAAGAAGCUGUCAAGAACAACAACAACGACUUGCUUGUUAAAGCAAUGUUGUGUGAGGAGUUUAUGGCAAACAGUGGAUCGCAAUUAACAAUCCACGGCUUAUUUGAACUCGGGUCAGCUUUACAAAGGGAGGAGAUUGCGGUUCUCUUCAGAAACAACCACUUCUCAACCAUAUAUAAGAGAGGGGACCAGUUGUACCAGCUUCUGACUGACCAGGGAUUCCUCCACGAGAACAUGGUAUGGGAAACACUCAAUGAUGUUGAUGCCACUUUCUCGGAAUUUGUGAACGGAAACUUCCAGCCCAUUCCCCCUGUACCUGAGUCAACUCCUUCCUCUGAAGCUGCUCAGAAUAUGACCAUGCAACAGCAGAUCAACUCAGAGUAAGUGCAAGAUGUGCACUGGCUAUCACUGGG